AUGGAGCGCUUCAGGAGUUUACUUGGUGGCGGUGGAAUGGGCCUUGGAGGAGCUGCACAUGGCACUGACAACACAAAUCUGAUUGAUAACUCCGAAACAGUCUAUAUCUCCUCCCUUGCCCUACUUAAAAUGCUUCGACACGGUCGCGCAGGUGUGCCCAUGGAAGUCAUGGGUCUGAUGCUUGGCGAGUUUGUGGAUGACUUCACCGUCAAGGUUAUGGAUGUGUUUGCCAUGCCUCAGAGCGGUACCGGUGUUAGUGUCGAGGCUGUCGACCCCGUUUUCCAGACCAAGAUGAUGGACAUGCUUAGGCAAACAGGAAGACCCGAGUCGGUUGUCGGAUGGUACCACUCGCAUCCUGGAUUCGGCUGCUGGCUUUCUUCUGUUGAUAUCAACACACAGCAGUCGUUCGAGCAGCUGAACCCCCGCGCCGUUGCCGUCGUCAUUGAUCCUAUCCAGUCCGUGAAGGGCAAAGUCGUCAUUGACGCUUUCCGACUCAUCAACCCCCAGCUCUUGAUGCUCGGACAAGAACCUCGACAGAGCACUAGCAACUUGGGCCACCUCAACAAGCCUUCAAUCCAGGCUCUCAUCCACGGCUUGAACCGACACUACUACUCGAUUGGAAUCAACUACCGCAAGACCGCGCUCGAAGAGAACAUGCUCAUGAACCUGCACAAGCACGUUUGGACCGAAGCUCUGGAGAUGGACGACUUCCGACACGAGGGUUGCAAGAACAAGGACAGACUGCAACAGCUGGUCUCAUUGGCGGAUGGUUAUGAGAAGCGCGUAAAGGAGGAGACUGAGCUGACUAAGGAUCAGCUCAAGACUCGCUACGUUGGCAAGUUGGAUCCCAAGAAGCAUCUCGAGGAUGUUGGCCAGGAGCUCAUUGAGGACAACAUUGUAUCUGUGUCGAGACAAAUGAUCGACAAGGAGGCCACCAUGCCCAGGAAGGAGGGCCAAGCAGGGUCCAAGGGGCAAGUGAAUGGUGAACAAAUGGACGUGGAAGAGGAGUUAUAA